AAUCUGUGAGUGUCUGAUAGUGCCGUAGGUUCUUGAGGACACACACUGCCUGCUAUGAAGGUUUCCAUUGCCAAAGUGCUCCUGGGAGUUUUUGGGGCAGCUGUGGUCGUCAUUUUGAUAGCGGUACCGACGGCUAUAUUUCUUAAUGAAAAGAAGGAGGAGAGCUUUAGAUCUUUCACUCUUGAGGACGUCUUCAACAGCUCUCUGAAACCAAAGUCCUACAACAUGAGGUGGAUUUCAGACCAUCAAUAUCUGCAUAUGUCAGAAGGCUCGGUGUCCCUCAUUGACCUGGUUGGAAACAACAAAUCAGAUUUCUUGACCAAAGACAAAUUUACUGAAAAAAAAGCCUAUGAUUACCAACUGUCUGCUGACCACAGAUAUGUCGCAUUUAUGAGCAACUACUCCAAGUUGUGGAGGCAUUCAUUCACAGCUUCAUAUUCACUUUAUGAUCGUGAGUCAGAAAAAUUUAUCACACCACCUGACAUCCCUGAUAAAGUCCAGUACUUUGCGUGGGCCCCUGAAGGGAACAAACUGGCCUUUGUUUGGAACAAUAAUGUGUAUAUAAAGACUAGCCCCAACGCUCCACCACAACAAGUCACAUCCAGUGGGGAAGAAAAUUAUAUUUUAAAUGGAAUCCCAGACUGGGUAUAUGAGGAGGAGAUGUUCUCAUCCAACCAGGGUCUGUGGUGGUCACCUGGAGGGAAGUACGUGGCUUACGCUGAGUUCAAUGAAACCGGCGUUCACACUAUAGAGUACUCGUGGUAUGGCGAAAACCAGUACCCCAGCACUGUUUCCAUUCCAUAUCCAAAGCCGGGCACUCCCAAUCCCACAGUGAAACUGUUUGUUGUGGAUACUGACAACACAACAAAAAUCACUGAAGUUGUUGUUCCAGCCCCGUUCCGCUCAGUUGAGCACUACUUGGCUACUGUUACUUGGGUGACUGAUGAACGCCUGGCUGUCCAGUGGCUAAAGAGAGUACAAAACCACCUCAUCCUUCAGCUCUACAACUUUACAGGAUCCAGCUGGGAUCCUUAUGAGCAUCUGGAGGUGACGAGCAGUGGCUGGAUUGGACGGUUCUCUCCACCAGAGCCGGUUUUUGCUGCAGAUAAGAACAGCUAUUACCUGCUCAUGAGCGACAUCCAACAGUACAAGCACAUCCAUCAUGUGGUCGGGGGCAAAGCUACAGCCAUCACCUCUGGAAGGUGGGAAGUCAUCGACAUUCUGAAGGUCACUGCAGAUAGUGUAUAUUUUUCAAGUAACGAAGAGGGUGGCAAGCCAGGAGGAAGGAACAUUUACAAGUGGACCCAACAAGAAACCAAGUGUCUGACUUGUAAGCUGAGGAAAAACUGUCAGUAUAACUCAGCUUACUUCAGCCACAAUGCCGCCUAUUACCGCAUGGCCUGCAGUGGUCCUGGUAUUCCUUAUUAUUCUCUCAUGGAUAACACGAACAACAAAGAGAAGCAAGUUUUGGAGGACAAUGAAGAAUUUGCCAGCAUGAUAUCUGGUAUUCAAAUGCCCACCGUACGUGAAGGCGCCAUCAAACUGGGCGAAUAUAAUCUCCCGUACCAGAUGUUUUUGCCUCCAGGCUUUGAUGAGUCUAAGAAGUACCCUUUGCUGAUAGAUGUGUACGCAGGUCCUUGCAGUCAGAAAGUAAACUCCAUCUACAGGGUAAGCUGGUCCACCUACCUGGCAAGCUCGGAGAAAAUCAUUGUUGCUAGCUUUGACGGAAGAGGGAGCGGUUACCAGGGCGACAAGUUAAUGUAUGAAAUCUACAACAGUCUGGGAACCAAAGAGGUGGAAGAUCAGAUAACAGCAGCCAGGGAAUUCGUCAAAAUGGGGUUCAUUGACAAAAACAGAGUUGCUAUUUGGGGAUGGUCCUAUGGAGGAUAUGUCACAUCCAUGGUCUUGGGUUCUGGCAGUGGAGUUUUCAAAUGUGGAAUGGCGGUUGCUCCAGUCUCCAAAUGGCACUAUUAUGAUUCCAUCUACACAGAGCGCUACAUGAUGGAGCCUUCACAAAAUCCUGAAGGCUAUGAUAACACAACAGUAACUGCCAGAGCCAAGAACUUCCAUUCAGUGAAGUAUCUUCUCAUUCAUGGAACAGCUGAUGACAAUGUCCAUUUCCAGCAGGCAGCAGAGAUCUCAGAAGCUCUGGUGGAGGCGCAGGUGGACUUUGAGGCCAUGUGGUAUACGGACAAGGAUCAUGGGCUUAGUGGCGCUGCCAAUAAACAUGUCUACACCCACAUGACUCACUUCCUACUGAGGUGCUUUGCAUAAAGUGUGCUGAACCACCAAAAUCUGUUUUCAUUUUCUAUAAAUAAAGAUAUGCAAUUAAAAUCUAUUUAAACUCAUUUAAUAGAAGAAAUUUCAUGGGUACAAUGCUAGUGAUCAUGCUGUUAUUUGUCUAUGACAGUUUGUUGUUUGUUUUUGAUAUGUUCAUUUAGCAAUAAGAGUCUUUUUCAGGAAUCACAGCUGAAUCGUUUACUUCUAAAACCUCUUUGUGAAAAAAAUAUUUGAAUACAUUUAUUGUUUAAAAGGUCAUUUCAUGACCAGCAGGAAAAAAGUGAAGAAUGAUGUGAAGAAUGAAAAGUGAAUAAAGCUUUUACUACUUGGACAUCUAAAAUUUGUACAAUAUUGUAUUAUGCAUAGACACAUCAAAGUGACUUGAUACACUUUUAUAGCAUUUUUAAAAUUGCUGACUGUUUGUUGU